AUGGAAAGCAGUGGCAUCGUGCUCUCCUCUUUCGUCGCAGCCAGCGUUGUAUUCAAGCUAUUUAUCCAGGAGAGCACCAAGCACUACAUCAUCAAGAAACGGAUUCGCAGUGUGAGGUUCAUGUGUGCUGCUGUUGCGCUGCCGACCGUCCUAAUUGACACCCAGACUCGCAUCAUCCUUCUCGGAACGAUGAACUCAAAGUUCGUGGCGGUUGGUACCAUCGGAAUGGCGUUUGUGGAGAUCUUACUACGCGUAGGAAAGGCCUACCUCACUAUGCGUACCAUUCACAACAGAGAAGCCCAGGUGCCCGUUCAUCGACAAUCCGUCGCGGCUACGAUCCGACAGCACCAACCCACGACAAGUCUUGAUGCAAACGCGCCGUCUCCUGCUCGCAUUGAGUUUGAACUCUGGCGACGACGCGUGCACGCCUACCACAUCGCUGAGAUCAACGCUGACACGUACGCCGAGUAUAUCGCGAUCGGGUGUUCCGCUUCGAUUUUGUUUUUCUUCGGAGACCACCCUUACUAUUCGCUGCUGAGGCAUGCAGACAACGACGAGCACAAGGAUCAGCGGUGGACCAACCUGAAGAUGCUGCUUUUCCAGGCGAUUAUUGAACUGGUCGUGGAUUUUGUGUCUACGGUGCUGGAGAUGAUGGCUGGAAUCGAGUUCGCCAUUAUCAAGGACCUCGGCGCCUUUUUCGCUGUCUUGUUCGCGAUCACCGCAGUAUUAAACGUUAACAUUUCGAUGGGGACGUACCUGUCUUGA